UGUGUGGAGUUUUUUAGGGCUGGAACGAUGGACUUCCAAAUAAUAACACAGGUCCUUCGAGACCAGUUGGGACAUUUGCUGAUGACAGUUUCUGAACAGAAGGAUCUGGUAAUAGACGGUGAACUAACAAAGCCAUUUGACAGGUUUGCCGGUAUUUCAUUCCUGAAGCAGCAUGGUGUCGAGAAGAUUUUCAAACUUGACCCUACUCAGAAAGUCAUUCACGGAAGUGAGAGAAGAAUUUACAUUGUUCGUGCUAAAAUGGUAACCAUGAAAGCAAUUGCGGAUCAAAUUAACGCGGAGCUGAAUCGGGGAGAUAAGCGUCUGUACACCAUAGUGUUAGUUCCAAGAAGAUUGGAACUUUGUGAAAUGAUUUUGGAAACUGAAGGCGUUUUGGGAUACGUAACUAUUGAAGAAUUACCACUGGACCUGAUACCACUGGAUACAGACCUGAUGUCUCUGGAAUUACCGGACUUUUUCUCUUCAUUUUACAUUGAUGAAGACUACACUUGGAUACAUACCGUGGCAUCUUCUUUGGUCAAUCUUGAAAAUUUCUUUGGCAUUAUCCCAGAUGUGUUUUGUGUUGGUAAGGGGUCCAAGAUGGUGUAUGAACUUAUGGAAUCAAUGAGAGGUCUUUCAGGAACCCCACACCCAGCUGACAUCAGAAGUCAGAUUGGGCAACUGAUUCUGGUUGAUAGGAAUGUUGAUUAUGUCACACCUCUCUGCACUCCAAUGACGUAUGAGGCGCUUCUGGACGAAAGAUUUAAGAUCGAGUGCAGUAUUAUCAAUUUCGGCCAUGAAGUCACUGGUAAAACACAAGAUGUGAAGCAACUGCUAACUUCUCAAGAUGAGGUCUACAGGGUCAUACGAGAUCGUCAUUUCUCAAAUGUGUUCACCUACUUGAGUUCCCAAACGAAAGAGUUACAAACUGGUUACGACAAAAAGAAAGAUUUGAAAACAGUUGGUGAUAUGAAGAGCUUUGUUUCAAAUGACCUCAAAGAUUUGAAGCAACAGCACCGAACUUUGACCUACCACAUUGGUGCUUGUGAAGCAAUAAUGAAGAAGAAGAAAAGUGAGGACUUUGAAGAAUACAUUAAAGCAGAGCAUAGCGUCCUGGAGGGAAUUGAAACCAAAGAAAAUCUAACAUACAUUGAAGAUAGUCUAUGUAGACAGGUUUCCAGUUUGUCACCAUUGAAACUACUGUGCUUGCUGUCCUUGACCCAAGGGGGAUUAGUGUCUAGCACCUACAAGAGCAUGACCAAUCAGUUCCUGCAAAGUAAGGGCUUUGAACACAUGGUUGACCUGUACCAACUCAAGAGAACUGGUCUCUUAGAAGAGCAGACGACCAGCCAGACUCCGGUCAAACCAAAGUCUCUACCAGGCAUAGCCAAGCCAUCACAGUUUAGAACACUUGCCAAAAAGCUAAAUCUGAUUCCAAAGUCACCAGAUGACAUCAACUUACGGAGUCCUAAUGACAUGUCAUAUGUCUUCAGUGGAGCAUACACACCACUGCUGUGUAAAGUUGUUGAACAGAUUCUAGAACGUGGUGGGCUUGCUGGCAUGGAGGAGAUAAUUAAGCUGAUACCAGGUGGCAUCAUCCGUCAUGAUAAGACACGACCCAACGGAAGCAAGAGCAAAUCUGACACUGUACUUGUUUAUUUUCUAGGAGGAUGCACCUUCAGUGAAAUUGCUGCUCUCCGAUAUUUAGUGCGACAGUUUAGUCGGAAAGUCGUCAUUGCCACAACUGCCAUUGUGACAGGAGAUUCCUUCCUAAAAGCUGUCCUGCAAUGAAAUUUUUAAAGAAACUGUUUGACAGUGCACUGUCUGUGGUAAAUUAUGUUAAAUAUCUGUGUGUGUAGUAAACAUGGAAAAAGAACAAGUGUUCAAAACAUUACUUAUUCUUUGUCAGUACGACAAUGUCUGGAGAGAAUGAGUGAAUACACGAAUCGGCUUUCCAUUUUGUCAUGACAGCAGAAAAUAUAUAAUUGAACAUUAUUAUCCGGUUAUGAGAUAAGUGUUUUAUGAGUUUGUAGUUUUAAUACACAAGCAUGAAUGUGAACGUUGUGAACUGAGCCUGAAGAAAGACUUCACCUUUAGAUGUUAUUCUAGUACAGUGUGUAUCACAGUGAUGCUGCUAUGUGAUAUUACUACAAACAUAUCAAGGAUUAUCAAACACUGUUAAUCUGAUGAUAAUCAUUUCAUCCUCUGUUACUUAAUCUCACUCAGUGAGGAUAAUGGACACAACAUAAUCAAUGUACCUCAAGACUUGUUUUGAUUUACAGAGUUAUGACCUAAACUACCAGUAGGUUGAAAAAUAUUUUCCCAUGUUAAGUUAUGGCUUUUAAUAUAAUUCAUUUAUACUGAUAGCAGCAGUAAAUGAUUUGGUUUUCCACUUUUCUAUAUAUUUGUACAAUUCAUCACAGAUGUCUCAGAUCAUAUGGAGAAAUAAUUGCUGAAACAACCAUGCAUAAUUAUAAUUAUGAUGACCUGGGUUUGAUUGAGAAAGUGUGAAGUCUAUUUCUUCGCAGCAUAAAGUCUGUGUCUUAUGUGUUUGGUAACAUUUCUUUCUCUCUCUAAGAAUAAAUAGGAGUCAAGAAACAUUGUAACAUUAAAAUGUGAAAAAGACCAUUUUGCAAACAUUUGGUUUUGAAAUGUUGUAAAAAAUGAUGUUAAACCAAACACACUCCCUCAUGUGAUAGCUAAGUCACUAUUGUGUAUGUAUAUAUACAGUGUCAGGUGUGAACUGCUCACACUGGUGUUGCACAGUUACCUUGUAUACUAAUUCGAAGGUAGAAACAGGUGAUCAUGUUGAUGACAUCUGGUAUGAUGAUUAUUGUUCCUAAAACAAGUCUGACUUUUCUACAAGUUUAAAUGGAACUGUUUGACAGUGCUGCUGGGAUCCUACCACCAGCUCUUGCUCCCAAUACACCAGUAACCAAGCUUGGUCAUGGACUGCUUCUUUAAAGAACAAAACAACAAAUAUGCUGCAUACUAAAUCAGACUGAUCAGCCUGACGGUACUGUGAUAUUCCAGAUGUACUGAUGACAGUUUUCUCUCGUUGACAUAUGAGUAUUAUGAGGGUGUGUUGCUGGUUUACAUGGACAGUGUUCAGUUCAGCAUGAUGCAUUCAAGGGAGAUAAUCCCAGUUGUCCUCAUGGCUGCCUUUAUAAAUAGGUUACCCUGCUCCAAAGUACUAUCGGAAAACUGGAUAAUACAAGAAUCUGCUACAUUCCGCCUUCCUGUUGUAAGCAAAUUUAAACUGUUAUUCAUCAUUAAGUGAAAUAAACUAUCCUCUCUAAAU